AUGUCCGCCCAGAAGCAGCCCAUCUGGCUUCGUUGCGAGAAGAAGCCCCUCGAGCACCGCUCGGCGCUUACCCCCACCACGGCCAAGACGCUCCUCGACAGCGGCUUUGACGUCUACGUCGAGAAGGACCCCCAGCGUAUCUUUGACGACGCCGAGUUCGAGGCUGUCGGAUGCAAGAUUGUCGAGCACAACUCGUGGCCCCAGGCCCCUGUCGAGAUCCCCAUCAUCGGCCUCAAGGAGCUCCCCGAGUCGACUGAGCCCCUUCCCCACACCCACAUCCAGUUCGCCCACUGCUACAAGGAGCAGGGUGGCUGGAACGACGUUCUCCGUCGCUUCGCCCAGGGCAAGGGCACCCUCUACGACCUCGAGUUCCUCGAGGACCCCGAGACGCGCCGCCGUGUCGCCGCAUUCGGCUUCUACGCUGGCUUCGCCGGCGCUGCUGCCGGUGCCCUCGCUCUCGCUGCCCAGCAGACCGACGGCGGCAAGGGUGUCCUCAAGGACCUCAAGCCCUACCCCAACGAGGACGCCAUGAUCGCCCACGUUCGUGCUCAGCUCGAGACCGUCAAGGGCGGCAUUGAGAACGUCAAGGCGCUCGUCAUUGGCGCUCUUGGCCGCUGUGGCUCUGGCGCUGUCGACCUCUUCCGCAAGGUCGGCCUCAAGGAGGACAACAUUGUCAAGUGGGACAUGGCCGAGACCGCCAAGGGCGGUCCCUUCCAGGAGAUCCUCGACGUCGACAUCUUUGUCAACUGCAUCUACCUCUCCAAGCCCAUCCCCAAGUUUGUCACCUCGGAGUCUAUCGCUGCUGCUGGCGAGGACCGCCGUCUCUCGGUUGUUGUUGACGUCUCAUGCGACACCACCAACCCCCACAACCCCAUCCCCAUCUACUCGAUCAACACCUCGUUCCCCGAGCCCACCGUCGAGGUCGACACCAAGGGCGUCGGCAAGCGCGUCACCGUCAUCUCGAUCGACCACCUCCCCACCCUCCUCCCCCGUGAGGCUUCGGAGCAGUUCUCCAAGGACCUCCUCCCCACCAUCCUCCAGCUGCCCCAGCGCGCCACCGCGCCCGUCUGGACCAACGCCGAGAAGCUCUUCAAGGAGAAGCUCGCCGAGGCCGCCGCGGAGGACGCCCGUCUCGGCAUCAAGGCUUAG